AUGAAUCAACAAAAUCACGCAAACCAAGCGGUUGAAGUUCAACAAAAUGCUGCAGUACACGUAAAUCCAAAUUUUACUCAAGAUGAACAAACUGAUCACAUUAUCAAUGGUGCAGAUCCUUUUCCAACAGAACAAAUAGCAAGGAAUGAAGAAGUUUGUUCGUUCUCGUCUAGUAUUUUAUCAGGAGAUUCUUUUAAUUAUCAAAACUAA